ACAUGAAUGUGAUGMAGACAAACUGAUACAUGAAUCCUAAAUACAGGUGCCACAGAGACAGAAUUGUCCAAGGACCUCCAGAGCCUUCUGACUAAAGACCUGCGAUGUCUCCAGAGCACAGAGAACACCUGGCUAACUCUCGCUGUCUCAGAACCCAGUCCGCGCCAAAUUACACAUCUAAGACGGUUGUCGUCCCGUUGACUGCCCUAUGUUCAUCAGAGUGAGAUCAGUGGAGGCAGCCUAUGAGAAGCUGGCAGAUGAGACUCUGCAUGCGUUGUCUGACUACUUUGAGGAUCUGAUGGAUGGACCACUAGCAGGGCCUGAGUUUGAUGUUCUCUUCUCUGUAAGUGUUAGGUAUCCCCCUUCCUUUCCUUUCCCCUUGACAGUGAAGGUGGGUGGAGACCAUGGUACAUACGUCAUCAACAAACAGACGCCCAACAAACAGAUCUGGCUAUCGUCACCUACCAGUGAACCCAAGCGCUGUGACUGGACAGGUGGUAUGGGUCUUCACCAGCUCCUCUCUAGAGAGUUCUCAAUCAUCUACAACAUCAACCUGUACCUGAGUUGUGGUCCUGUGUCAGACAGUGUCACCAUGCGUCUGGGAAUCACCUCCAUAAUUUCGGAUAUACUCAGCACCUCCGGUAACAUCUGCCUCUGCUGGGCGGACGGCAAGGGCAAGGUAGACUCUGACUUUGACUCCUUCUCUCUCUGGCUUUGCUCUGGAGCAGGACAACACCUCCACUGA